CAACGGAAUCAUCGCAAAAUAUACAGGAGGAAAAAGAUUGAAUUUCGGCGAGAGGGGAUCUUACACGGGAAGAUGUGCUGCUGCUGUCCUACAGUAUAACACAAAACAAGUGUUGUCGCGUCUGAAUACGGCGAUGAACAAGGAACCGCCCGUUAUUUUACGCAAAAUAGAAAAUAGAAGGAAGAAAGAAAAUGAGAAAUACAGUGAAAAGAGAAAGGAAAAAAAAAUUACAAAGCACGUGCGGAAACAAUUCCGUUCUGAAAAGGAUUCCAAUUACGGACCAAAUGCUGAAAAGCCGGAUAUGGCUAACAAUAUUUAUGAAUUAGAGCAAAAAAAACAUAUGGAAAUGUUACAGAAUUGGCAAAAUAGAAGAGAUGCCAUUGAAGAAGAAACCAUCGGUCAAGCGAAAAAUCCGAGAUGGUUGAAUUACAAAUCUAAAUUAUUGACGGCCUCAAAUUUCGGACGAAUAUGCCGUCGUCGAAUUGGCACGCUCUGUGGAAAUUCAGUGAAGUCGUUAGUAUAUCCACGACUGAUUAGUGCACCUGCAGUACAAUAUGGACAGGAAUGCGAAAAAUUCGCACGUGAACAACUAAGUGUGUGCAUUGGUGUUGAAAUUAAAGAAUGUGGAUUAUUUAUUGAUAGUGCCAUCCCGUUCUUAGGAGCUUCGCCAGAUGGACUUAUAGACGAAGAGGGCAUUGUGGAAAUCAAAUGUCCGAAAACGGCGGAGAAUUUAUUGCCGGAGGAGGCAAUCAAAAGUGUUGCAGUUAUUCGGCGUAUAUUUGCAGACGCAGAAGGAAAUGAAUUGAACAGGAACCACUACUAUUACUACCAAGUACAAGGACAAUUACAUGUCACAGGUAGAAAAUAUUGCUUAUUUUGUAUUUGGACCCGAAAAGGGUUAAAGUACAUUAGAGUCGAUAGAGACGAUAAUUUUUGGCAAAAGAAUAUGGAGCCAAAAUUAAUUCAAUUUUAUUUAUUGUGCAUGUUACCCGAAUUAAUAGAUAGCCGGUACAAUAGAGGAAUGCCCAUUCGGGAGCCUCAAUUUAUAACAGAGGAGAGAGCAAGCUUGGAAAAGCGCAAAAGGUCUCUCUCAGAAAGUAGCACGAAUAUUGCUACUGUCCGGCGUCGCACUGCACUGUAAAGUGCAGUAACACUGACUCUGUUGGUGGUUCACAAUUGCAUGAAAUAGCAAUUGUACUCGCGGAUCAUACGAUCUCGCGAGUUGUUCGACGCCGAUAUACACAUUUUAAAAUAGUGACCUUUGAAAAGUCAAAAAAGGUCUUAUGCGGACAGUAAUAAAAAAUACUGUUACUGUCCGGCGUCGCAAUGCACUGUAAAGUGUAGUAACACUAACUCUGUUGGUGGUUCACAAUUGCAUGAAAUAGCAAUUGUACUCGCGGAUCAUACGAUCUCGCGAGUUGUUCGACGCCGAUAUACACAUUUUAAAAUAGUGACCUUUGAAAAGUCAAAAAAGGUCUUAUGCGGACAGUAAUAAAAAAUACUGUUACUGUCCGGCGUCGCAAUGCACUGUAAAGUGUAGUAACACUAACUCUGUUGGUGGUUCACAAUUGCAUGAAAUAGCAAUUGUACUCGCGGAUCAUACGAUCUCGUGAGUUACGCGAUGCCAUACUAUAUUUCUUAAUUUGUUACAGAUUUUCGAAGAAAGGAUUCCCGAGAAGAGGUUUUUUGGAGCGAAGCGAGCGUUGGACUCAAAAUUUAUUUUUUCAGCUGAAACAAUUUUUUUCUUAUUCCCUUCAUGAAAUUAUUAAUGUCCUAUAUCAUCUAUUUCCAUUAACUUUUUCUUUUUUCAAUAUUUAUCUUCAUUCAUCUUCAUUCAUCUUUGCAUGAACAUUUUUGUCGUUGAGAAAUUAAAAACAGCAUUUUCCUCUUCUCGAAAUAAAUUAAAAAAUUAUAUAUAGGUAUAUUCAAGAAAGCAUUACCUAACAGGACAAAUGGACUGCGAAUAUGCUGUUUGAUCACGUAUAAUCGGCAAGUAUAAUCUUACAUAAUUAAUAUUACGUUAUCUAUACAUAAAUUGCUUUCUUCACAGAUGGACGAGGAAGAAGAAGAAGAAAAGAAAGAGGAUAGAAGAAACAGGAGAAAGAGGUCUAAGGAACGAAGUCGGAUAAAAGGGAAGAGAAAGGAGAAUCCGAGGCCGUCAACGUCGCAAAUAAAAAUUCGAUACCAUAGCCAUGACUGGGAUGGCUGUCAUGGUAAUCGACGAUGCAGACGUCGCGGAGAAAGAAGAGGCAGAAGCGAGCAGUGGGCGGCAGGCGACGGGCGGCCGUCUAAUUAUUAUUUAUAUACCUAUAUUGAUAAUAUUUAAAUGAAUAAAUUGUAUAUAUAGAUCAA